CUAGGCUCGUGGGUCUGCGGCCGCAGCGCUUGGCACCGGAGCCCGAGGGGCGGGGGUUGGGGGCGGGCCAGCUGCCGCCAUGGCCGGGAGUCAGGACAUGUUCGACGCCGUCGUGAUGGCGGAUGAUAGGUUUCACGGGGAAGGUUAUCAGGAAGGCUACGAAGAAGGAAGUAGUUUGGGUAUGAUUGAAGGAAGACGGUAUGGCACGUUACAUGGAGCUAAAAUCGGAUCUGAGAUCGGGUGCUACCAAGGUUUUGCUCUUGCCUGGAGAUGUCUCCUGCACGGCUGCAGCACUGAGAAAGACAGCAAAAAGAUGAAGGUCUUAGAAUCGCUGCUUGGAAUGAUUCAGAAAUUCCCUUAUGAUGACCCUACUUAUGAUAAACUUCAUGAAGACCUAGACAGAAUUAGAGGGAAGUUUAAGCAGCUUUGUUCAUUACUAAACGUCCAGCCCGACUUUAAAAUUAGUGCAGAAGGUUCCGGACUUUCAUUUUGAGGAUGACAGACGCACAAAGACGAAACAUCAGGGAACAGAUCCUCUCCCAUGCCAGGUGUCAGCCAGAGCAGCCGGCAGCCACUUCCUUUCCCCCGUCCCGCGGGGCCGAGCUGCCUCAUCCGUCAUCUUCAGGGGCCCUGGACACCGGACUUGACCUGUGCCAGCCUGGCUCCUUCUUGGAGGAUGAGACCCAGUUUCCAGGACCCCUUGGUCACCCAAGACAGGUGUUCUGGAUUACAGUACAGACAGAGCCCCUGUUCGCGUCACAACCACUCUGUCCCUGUGAUGCCACCUCCAGCGAUGGGGCCCGGGGAGCUUGCUCUUCUGGCUGAUGAGACGGUGGAGGACACCCGAGGGCUUCUGGGAAAGGUCACAUCACUCUUGAGAGAGAUGGUAUCUCUUUUGGAAGUUGUCCUGUGGGGAUGCGACACCUGGAAUUAUGACAGGCAGCUUGCAAGCAGCUGUGGAUGAAGCCAGACCUGGGCAUGGCAGAGCCCAGCCAGCGAGGACCCAGCCCGAGGACAUUGCCGAGCAGCUGUGCUGACUGACCCCCGAGAGGCGCUGUGCUUGCCAGCCUCGGUUAUAGGAGCUGAUGAAUGCCCUAGUUCAAGGCCACUUUGGUAGGGCUUCCAUUGUUUGCAGGCAAAGGUAUCCUGCUUGCCCUGUCCCCCAGCCCAUCCCAUCCCAUCCCUUCCUGUCCACCUGCACCUGGUCCUGGUGGAUAGUAACCUUGUUGGGUCUCCCCCUUUCCGGGGCUCGUAGAGUUCCCACCGCUCUGGCCUGCUUGCUCUUCCCUGUCGGAAACUCCCAGCAUACUUUGUGCCACAUUAUUAGUCAGCUGGGGCUG